UUUUAAUUCACCUGUUUGUUUGCGCAGUGAUGACGUGUCUGUGCGUUUUCGUUCAUUUUUAGCUUGUUAGCCGCCUAGCUUGUAAUAGUUAAGUAGCGUAAUGCAAGCGGCUGGUCAUGGCCUGGAAGUCACGGACCCGCAGUCUGCAGGUGUUUGACACGGAGCUGAGCGCGGACACGGUGGAGUGGUGUCCUGUUCCCACCAAGCACCGCAUCCUGGUCUGCGGCACCUACCAGUUGCAGAGAGGACCAGAUGGGGUGGGAGAAAGCAACACAAACCCAAGCCGGACUGGUCGUUUGUACCUUUUUGAGUUUCGGCAAGAGGGCUUAAUGAUCCCACCUCUGACUGAGCUGCAGCGUGUGGACACAGCAGCAAUUUUAGACUUGAAAUGGUGCCACAUCCCUGUGUCGGAGAAAGCGUUGCUGGGAAUGGCAGCUGCCACUGGAGAGCUGCAGCUCUACACACUUUCACAUAGUCAGGAAGGCCGCCACAGUCUGCAGCCUCUGACCAGUUUGGAGGUGGGAACAGAUAGACUGGCUCUGUCUCUAGACUGGUCAACAGGAAGAUUGGAUAGCAGUGAUGUGCGGAUGGUUUGCAGUGACUCUGCGGGUUGUGUCAGCGUUGUGUCCUUUGCUGACGGCAGUCUGACGGUUCUGUCACAGUGGAAAGCUCACAACUUUGAGGCUUGGAUCUCAGCUUUCUCCUACUGGGACACUCAGCUGGUUUACUCUGGUGGCGAUGAUUGCAAACUUAAAGGCUGGGACCUGCGGCUAGGCCCCUCCCAUCCCACUUUCAGCAGCAAAAGGCAUUCAAUGGGCGUGUGCAGUAUCCAUAGCAACCCACACCAAGAGCACAUCCUGGCUACAGGAAGUUACGACGAGCAGGUGUUGCUGUGGGACGGCAGGAACAUGCAGCGACCCCUCAGUGAGAGCCCGCUGGGGGGCGGAGUCUGGAGGCUGAAGUGGCACCCGACCCACCAGCACCUGCUGUUAGCAGCCUGCAUGCACAACGACUUCCACAUCCUCCACUGCCAGCAGAACCUUGAGGGCAGCGGAGGACCAUGUCCUAUUGUAGCAUCAUACAUCCUCCACAACUCCUUGGCUUACGGAGCCGAUUGGUCCCAUCUGUCCCUGGAGGAACCUCCUCCGCGUUCCCCUCCCACUGCAGAACCAAAGGAAAGCCUCGCUGAGACCAGAGGACAUUUGAGGAUCCAGUACGAGUCUCCCACUGGCAGCUUUGACACAUCGAUGGAGGAUGAUGCGGGGCGCUACAUCCCAGAACGUGUUACAGCGCCCUCUACAAGCUCGGCUGCCGGCGCUGCCCUCGGCGUCAGUGGUGAUGAUCCCUCAUUGUCCUGUUUGCUCGCCAGCUGCUCGUUCUAUGAUCAUAUGCUGCACGUGUGGCGUUGGGACUGGAGCCCUGACUGCAACCACCGUGAAACACAGCAGAGCUGACCAGGGUGAACCCAUUAUUUAUAUAUACGAGUAUGUGUGUGUAUAUAUAUAU